GACCAUCUUCCUGAGCUGACGUUUGAGGAUGUUAAAAAUGUUACGUGGAACUGCAGUAAUUAUCCUCAGACGCCACAGGUAUGUUUUUCAUACUUAAUACCUUAUGGGAUCCCUCGACUGUUUUUUGCAAAAUAUACUCAUAAUGUAAACAUACCCGUACUUUUACCCAUUCUAAAAGCUUUAGAAACUUGGCAAAUACAUGCAAAUUUUCCGAUUCAUACUUGUAUAAAUACUAAAUGGCUUCUGUUCAUUACUAUGAAUUCUUGUUACUCUAUGUAAUAAUAAUUACAAGAGGUAUACCUAUUUGUAGUCACGUUACUGCUGUUUAAUAAAACAAACCACUCUGCUGAUUAGGACUGCUUGAGACUGUGUAGUGUUGUUUCUUGCGUAGUUUCAAUUUGUGAAUCUGUAAAUAAUAGUUUUUCCUGAAGUAUCUAAUACUCCUAACAAAAAGCAUGUGAAAAAGACCUCUCAAAAUGCAGAUUUUAGACUGCAUGAGAGAGCUAUUUUUUUCAAAAUGGCAAGUUGACUGCCCUUGGUAAAAAAAAUGGUCGAAAAAUGUAUAGUACUUCCAGUUAACCCUGGGGCACAGGGAGUAUGGGCAGUUAACCUGGGGCACAGUUGUUUCCUUUCCUUUAUUUAAUUUGGUUUUACUGGGGUUGGGGGGGAGGUAUUUGGCAAGUGAAAACAUAUCUGGGGGAGUACAGUCUGAUUGUUGAGUAUUCAAAAAAAUGAGGUUCCAAUCCUACUCCAGGGGCUAAGCCUUUCUGUAGAUCACAUGGCCCUAGAUGCAUAAUGAACUUAAGUUAAACUGUGCCAAGCUGCAGCUAACAGUGGUGUGAUCUAAACGUUUUUGCUUUGUAUGUUGUGGUAUAGGCCAUAGAAGAAAAUGCCACAAAAUCCAUGUGUUAUAAGUAUGAUGAUGUAAGUAUUUCAAACUAAAUUUGCUGUCUAUUAUACACCUUAUUCCAAAAUGGUAGCAAUACUACUUUUAUUUCUGUUUAUGUUAAUUAGCCCUCUCUGCGUUUAAGGUGUAUAGGAUUCAACUUCCUUUUUCUACUCAAAAUGUCAAGGCAGAGUGUCUUUGUAUCAUGCAGUCAUAACAAAGUUUAAAAUAACAAUAUAAUAAUUUUGAAAGUGUUUUCUUCUCUGCACACCAACAUCCAUAAUUUAUGACUGUAAUAUAUCAAGCAUCAUACGCAGUGUUUCAUCACCAGAUGAAACACUGAGAAGAGAGUUGAAAAUACGACAGGUAGUGGAGUAUUUUUCACAAACUUCGAGGUGUUUCAUCUGUUGAUGAAACACUGUGUUGAAUGCUUGAUAUUACUUCUCAAACAAAAUGAUUUUAGAAGGAGAAAUUAAAGAUGCAAAAAUGAGCAGUUUUUCUUCUGAUUUCCAAACACUCAUUAAACAUUAAUUUCCUUUGUAUUAUCUUUUUGAAUUAGUAAUGAGUUUGAGAAGGAGUUUUGAUACACUAUUUUGUUUUAAUGGAAAAGAAACAAGAGGCAUUAUUACACUUUAACUCAUGCUAGCCUUUGACGACCUGAAUAACGGAAUUGUGAUUCAUGUUUCAUUGAGUGUUUGUAAUGCCUGAACCUGGAAAACUUUUUCUACUAGGAAUACAUGUAUGAAAAAAAAACAUACUUAAAUGAAUUUUUUGUUUAGAGUUGGCUUUUCUGUAAAAAGUCAAGAGAGAAAGGGUUUUUAUUACAAAAAUUGCUGACAUCUACAUCAUUAUGUAUAUAAUUAUAUUUGUUUAUUUCCUCUUUUUAGCCAUUUGUUUGUGUACGAGACCCAUUGCACUGUCAUCACAGAGAGAACAGGUGAGUUAAUUAAACAUAAAUAGUAUUACUGCCAUUGCAUAGAGUUAAGCAGUCCUACCUCUAAUGUAAGAAGACAAAGAAAACUUCGUAAGGAUUAAUAACAAUUAUUAUUAUUAUUAUUAUUAUUAUUAUUAUUAUUAUACUUAUAAUUUAUAUUUAUUAUACUCCUAAAUAGUAUUAAGUAAUGAUCCGGGUAAUGUGGAUAGCAAUUUCUUUUGUUAUGUGGCAGCGGUGCUUCUCCCACAUAGGAAUGUUCUCAUUUUUAUACAGAGAAUGCAUAAACCUACAUGAAGGCCGUUUAAGCAAUAAAAUGCAUUUACACUCCACCCUGAAAGGGUGUUUUUUUGUGUUAAAAGAUUUUGACCAAUUACAAGAGUUGAAAACAAUAGCCAAGAAAAGUUGACGAUUUUACAUGUUCCCCACAUAGGAUUUCUUUGUUAUUCAAACUGAAACCAGAUUUUGUUAUAUGGAAGAUGGUUGGAAAGUAAGGAUGAAUAUAUGUACCGCUUUACGACGUUUUGUUAACUUUUGCUGUUUAAGCCAAUCAGAAUUAAGUACAGACAAUAGAAAAGUUAGCACCUUUUUUGCAUUCCAACAUGUUCGUUGCCGCUGUUGCUAUCAUUCUUAUCUGGACCGUAUCUUAAUAAUUAAUUAAUUUAUUAUUAAUGAGGUAGGGGUUAAUUUUCAGUCCCUCCAUGAUGAUUAAUCAAUUAAUUAUGAGUAUACCACUUGUUGAGAAUAAAAUAUGUUGGCUUAGCUGGCUGACAUAUCUUGCCAAUCUUAAUCUUGCAUUUGUUUCCAUGCAAAAAAAGAAUUACCGGUUUCAGAGACUGUGUUGUAAAAGAGGAACAAUAGUCAUAAUAUACAUGUAUAAAGUUGUAACCUAAAAAAUUAUUUUCUCUUGUUUUCAGUGACAUGAGAUUUGUUACAAGGCCCCAGUAUGGAGACUAUAAAUACCUUCCAAAGUCAUUGUGGCUUAGUGUUGUUUUGGUGAGUACAUACUUUUACAUACUUGUGACACUAAGGGCCUGUUUAAAUGGAGGUGAGGGUCCCUAGGGAGGUGAGGUAACCCACAGCAGGUCACCCCACCUGUCAUGUAAACAUGAUCAAAUUAAAAUAAGAGAUUAUGUGGACAGACGGGUUACCUCACCUAAGCGGGUUACCUCACCUACCUGGGGUCCCCCACCUCCAUGUAAACAGGCCCUAAUUUUGCAUUCAGACACAGAACCUUUUCCUUGAAAAGGGAAAUUUUUUAUCAGCAGUUUACUCUCAAACUCACAAUGUUAGCUUCUGAAUAAUUGUUUUGUAGUGGACAAAUCUACUCUGUGAAACUCAGUUUUUUAAUCAAUUCACUUACACAAAAAUACAGGGACAAAGCAAAAAGAAAUAAUCAUGAUAAUGAUAUAAUCAUGAUAAUAAUAAUAGUAAGAAAGAAAGAAAGAAAGAAAGAGAGGAAAAAGGUGCUAAAACAGAACAGUGCCAAAUACAGUGGUUACAAAUCCACUUAAUUUUUACAGUGCUACUUAAUUACAAAUAGAUGCUAUUACAUUUCCUUUAAGAAUUGGUUAAGAGAAUUUGUUUGCAUAUCAAAGCUUUUCCCAUCAGGUGAUUAUUUUAUUAAUUCUCACAACUUUUUCCCUUCAUUAUGUAUUGGUUUUGUUGGGAGAAAAUUGACUUUAACUGAACUUGGCCACUAUGUGGAGGUGUUCUUUGCCAUUCUUAGUUCAACUCCACUACCAUGCUUGAAAAUAGCCUAUUGGUUUGAUUCUUGGCGAUUGAUUUUUUUCAGUUUUGUCCAUUUUGACAUUUCUUUGAUUGUCCUAGAAAGGUUGAUUUUAACUGUAUGUAUUUAAGCGAUUUACAGUUUAACCUCCGCUAACCAACGGCCACCUCUCUUUCACAACCGCAUUUUUAUUCUCGCGAUGGACAGUCCAUACAUUGACUCUUGUUAAAACCUCCCUACAACCGCCAGUUCUCCACAAUUCAACCACUUUUUUCUGCCCCCAAGGUGACUGUAUGUUGAGAAGAGGUUCAACUGUAUUUCACUUCCCUCAUCGGUGAUAUUAUUUCACUCAUUUUAUCCCCACUUCAUAGCAUGGUGGAGUAGCAUUCUUGUACCAUCCAUGUGCAAGACAAGAUCUGAUAGAUCAGUUAAAAAGAAUGGCUGUCAGCUGUCUUCACAGGCAUGUCAUUACACCCUAUGAACGACUAAGCCCCUGCAAGGUAAACAUUACUAUUUUAAUUCAUAGCAAGCCACGAAACUGUCUGUGGACAUUCUUUUCGAAACUGGGAGGCUAUUUUUGUACAUGGAAGGCCUUGAAGCAUUAGCCAUGAUAUAUAUUUGGCCCAUUAUCAUUUAGACAUUUUGUUUUAGAUCUUAAAAUUAUUCUGUUUUCUGAGACUUGACUUCCUGAGGCUAAUUAAACAAAUUAAUAAUGAUAAAUAUUGUUAAUUGUAUUAUUGCAAUUUGUGCUGGCAAAAGGGUGCUCCACUUACUUAAAUUUCAGUACCCAAUCUCAUGUUUCUUAAUGAGCAGAGUAAUAGAGUGUAUUCACUCACGUGGCCAGCAUCUAUGCAAAUUUAUAGGGACAAAAGAAUUUUUUUUACUUAAGAAAAGAGUCCAACUCCCCAAGGAUUUGUUUGGAACACCAAUAUGGCUGCCAUGUCAUUGUUUUGGAACACCAAUAUGGCUGCUGUGAUGUCAUGUGAAUACGCUCUAUUGCCUCGUAUUCAGCCAGAAUCUUCAAGGGUUGAUUCAUGUCUUUUCAACAUACAAUUUUUUACUAGUAACACUGUAAUUAAAAUGAUUCACAUAAAUUCAUUUGAUCCUGAAGGUGACAAAAUUUAUCAAUCCCUAUAUCUGUUAUACUUCCAUCUCUUAAAUUCCCACUGGCCUCUUGGGUUUGCUUCUUUCGUGUUCAUUCUAACUUCCUUGCUGACCAUUUCAUCUUUCUUUUUUUUUAAACUGUUUAGCCUAUUGCCAUGGUUGCCUGGAGCUGCUUUUACUCAUCAUCGGAGUUGAACAUUUCAGAAGGAAAACUUUGGAUCAGGGAGAAGGCCAUGAGAGGUCCAGCAAGCCAUGUGUCGGAAAAUGGCCAGUAUACUGAUGGACUCAUAAAGCCAGCAGCAACAGUUUCAGAUAAGCUUGACACUAAUCUUUGUCCAGCCAACAUAAAGGUCUGUAUUUAUGGUCUAUUUUGAUCAUCUUGUAUAUUUUUAUGUAUAGUAGUGUAUGAUAUUGGGUUUGGAACAAAGAGAAAUUAUAAAAGAAAACAAAAAUAAGAUCGAACCACAGAAUGUGCUUGGGUAGUGUACAGUAAGUACUGUUUAUGAAAACGAGCAGGAGUGUAUUAUCAGGUUUAAAAACUCAAGGCGAAGCUGAGAUUGUUUACACCUGAUAGUAUGCAACUGUGAGUUUUUUGAAUGGCUUCAAAAUCUCUGAUAUAGAUCAACUCAUUCUUGCACUGAUAUUUAGAUUCGGGGUCAUUUUGGUCUAAAAAUUUUUGAGGUAAAGUUAAGCCGUGUCUUUAUCAGAUAUAAAGACACUCAUUAAACAGAAAAUGUCUUUUGUUUUUUCUUUAUGAAUUAUCAAUGGGUUUUUGUACAAAUAUUUGCAUCUUUAUUACAAUGAAAUAUGUUGUAUUUAUUGUAAUGUUUGUUUGGAUUGUAGGAUGGUACUUUUCUCUACCAUAGGCAGAAACCAAACAUCAACAGGCAAACUUAAAUGUCCUCUGUCACACAAUUGAUGUGGUUUGCCUGAACACUGACCGCGAUAGCCCCUCCCCCUCUUCCCCCUUCUGUGCUCCUCAUAAAAAAAAUGAACUACUAUAACACAAGUGACCACAUUACAGUUGGCUGGAGAUACUUCACUUGUGUCUUCCAUAAGCUGUAGAAAAAGAAGUAAGAGGGAUCUGGACGAUGGGUUUGAAAGAGUGCUAAUUAAACAGAAUUGUUAUGGGGAGGAAAGACACAGAGAGUUAGGUGACAGUUUUCAGUUACUCAUGGUUUAAAUUUCCCCUUCAACAGAGCAAAACUUGACAAUUUUCUGACCUCAGUUUAUUCUCUCAUGCACUGAUGACUACAGAAUUUUGGUCCUAGGAAAUUUUUCAUACAUACCUGGGUUUCUUUUGUUUGCCAACACGACAGUGUGUAUCUUAGUGAAUUUUCUGAUACCAUAGGCUUUCAGGCCUUCUAACAAGAUAGGGAACUAGAGGGAAGGCUGAACAAAUAAGCAAGAAAAAGGGUGCCAGGAGGAACAUGAUGAUAGGGUGUGGUUUUAGGGAGCUCUGUUGACAUCUUGCCCUCCACGCUUUAGACUAUGAUUAACAUGAUUGUCAUCAAUCAUAAGAUAAGUGAGUAAUGUCGAUAUUGAUUUGUUUUCAGUCUAUGCUUCCUUUGUCACAAGAGCCCGAAAACAGUCAUUCCCAUGAAACACAACAUGAUCCAUCUCAAAAUGACUGGUCAAAACACAGUGGGAAGUCCAUCUCGAUACAAAAUUCACAACUUGAAGAAGUAGUUAUUGUGAAUGAACAAAUCUCAAACAAUCGUAAAGUCGAUACUUCUAAUGCCGCUUGGGCCUUGGGGAGUUUGAUUUUUCUCUGUGCAAUUCUUGGUGGCAUGUUGAUCUACACACGGCCAUGGAAAAACAGAGACCAUUGGUGGAGAAUGGACGAUUAUAAUAGCAACACUAAAUUCAGUUUCAUGAAAACAAGAGGGUUUCGGUGGAAAAAUAGAAUGUCUCCAGGCAAAAGGACAUCAGGGUAUUCCCGUUUACUAACUGCUAUUCCAGAGGAAUUAGAAGAUGAUAUCUAG